AUGGCGGCGUCGCCGCAGGUCCUGGUGCUGGACCCGCCCACGGACCUGAGGUUCAGAGGCCCGUCGACGGGCGCGGGCGCGGCCACGGCGCUGCUGGCGCUGCACAACCCGUCGCCGCGGCCCGUGUGCUUCAAGGUGAAGAGCACGGCCCCGGGCCGCUACUGCGUGCGUCCGCGCUGCGGCGUGCUGCCCCCGGGCGCCGGCGUCACCGUGGCCGCCGCGCUGCUGCAGCCGGGCGCCCGCCCGCGGCCCGGGCCCGCCGAGCGCCGGCGGCACAAGUUCCUGGUGCAGACCAUGUUCGCGCCGCCCGACGCCGACGCGUCCGACCUGCAGGCCGUGUGGCGGCGCGCCAAGCCCGGCGAGCUCAUGGACUCCAAGCUGACGUGCGUCUUCGAAACGGCCAGCGGAGACGGCUCCCCGCAGCGCGAUGGAAAGCUCCAGAAGGACCUCGCCGACCGCGACGACGACGACGACGGCGACGCGCAGAAGAAGCCCCCGGGCAUCCCCGCCGCGUCCCUGCGAGCCCGCGAUGCGCGUCCCCUCCUCCCGGUCCUCCUCCUGGUCGCCAUGGCAGCCGUUUGCAUCGGAGUCUACCUGGGCAAAUUCAUCUUGUAGUGAAGCACGGAACAAGGCUUUUUCUUUCUUUCUUCUU